GACUUGGUAGAAAAAAGAAAGAAAGAAAAAAGAAACCCGCGACAGAGGACAGAGAGAAGAGAGAGAAAGGGGGAAGGGAGAGGAGAGAGAGAGCGAGGGUGGAAGCUCACUCUGAUAUCAAUGGCGGUUAGGGUUUUUCCACUGAUUCGAAUACAGUAGCCCGACCCGUGCUAACUCCUAAUUUUGACGAUUUUGUCGGAAUAGCUCAUCUCCUGGCCUCUUUGUUCUUCAAAACCCUAAUUUCGCGCUGGGAGGUUUGGUGAUUUGAGUUCAGCAAUUUCUGCCCCGUGCUGUUCGCACGGUGAAUUCGUAGCGAGAUUAAGCUCCUUGGUGUUUUUCAAUGGGGUCGCAGGACAAAUCACCAAACUCGAACAAUACCACGCAGCGUGUGAAAGUAUACCGCUUGAAUGAAGACGGAAAAUGGGAUGAUCAAGGCACUGGACAUGUCACUGUUGAUUACUUGGAGAGAUCAGAAGACCUGGGUUUGUUUGUUAUUGACGAGGAGGACAAUGAAACGCUACUGCUGCAUCGCAUCAGCUCAGAUGAUAUCUAUCGCAAGCAAGAAGAUACAAUUAUUUCCUGGCGGGAUCCUGAGUUUUCAACUGAAUUGGCUCUUAGCUUCCAAGAGACAACCGGUUGCUCUUACAUAUGGGAUCACAUAUGUAGCUUGCAAAGGAACAUGCACUUUAGUUCACUAGCCAAUGAGACUUUCAAUAACAUCAAUAGCGAGUUGAGGGAACUGCCUCCAGUUGAGUUGUCUUCUCUCCCUUUGAUACUUAAGAUUGUUGAAAGUGGCAUAGCAGACCAGUUGCGUGUUACUGAACUUAUAUUAAAUGAUCAAGAUUUUUUCCGGAAGUUGAUGGAACUGUUUAGGAUAUGUGAAGAUUUGGAAAACAUUGACGGUCUUCACUUAAUUUUCAAAAUUGUUAGGGGAAUCAUUCUGCUAAACAGUGCUCAAAUCUUUGAGAAAAUUUUCGGGGAUGAGUUGAUUAUGGAUAUAAUGGGAUGCUUAGAAUAUGACCCGCAAGGACCUCUCACCCAUCACCGCAACUUUCUAAAAGAGCACGUAGUUUUUAAGGAGGUUGUACCUAUUAAAGACCCUGUAGUUCUUUCCAAGAUACAUCAAACUUAUCGAGUUGGUUAUCUGAAGGAUGUCAUUUUGCCCAGAGCUUUGGAUGAAGCCAUAGUUGGAAAUCUAAAUUCUAUUAUUCAUUCAAAUAAUGCAAUUAUUGUUUCCUUGCUGAAAGAUGAUAACACCUUUAUCAAGGAAUUAUUUGCUAGGCUGAAGGUUCCUACCAUUUCUGUAGAAUCAAAGAGAACUUUGGUAGACUUCUUGCGCGAGUUCUGUACCUUAAGUAAGAGCUUGCAGAUGGUACAUCAGCAUCGGCUAUUUAGGGAUCUAGUCAGUGAAGGCAUUUUUGACAUCAUAGCGGAUGUCUUGCAGAGUGAAGACUAUAAGCUUGUAUUGACUGGGACAGACAUCCUCGUUCUUUUUCAGAGUCUGGAUGGGAAUAUUUUGCGUUCUUAUGUUAGUCGGCAGGAAGGUGCUCUUCUUGGACUCAUGGUGAAACAUAUGCUUACAGAUUAUGGAGAUAAUAUGCAUUGCCAAUUUUUUGAAAUUCUGCGCAGUCUUUUAGAUUCUUCACCAGGAGCACAGAGAGAAAAUAUUGUGGAGAUUUUCUAUGAAAAGCACUUGAACCAGUUAGUUGAUGUAUUAUCAUCGUGCCGGUCAAACAGUGGUGGUGAAACUGGCUGCAAGUCUGAUAGCUCGUUUGGAGGAUCUGGGAGUCAAAGAUCUGUGAAGCCUGAAAUAUUGUUAAAUAUAUGUGAUCUGCUAUGCUUCUGUGUUCUGCAGCAUCCUUACAGGAUCAAAUGCAAUUUUCUUCUUAAUGACGUGAUUGAUAAGGUUUUGUACCUGACAAAAAGAAGAGAGAAAUACCUUGUUGUUGCUGCUAUUAGAUUUGUGAGGGCGCUUGUUUCUCGCAGUGAUGAGCACCUAAUGAAUCAUGUAGUAAAGAACAACCUUUUCAAACCAAUUGUAGACGCAUUUGUUGCUAACGGGGAUCGCUAUAAUCUCCUGAAUUCUGCAGUUCUUGAACUCUUCGAAUAUAUCCGGAAGGAGAAUUUGAAAGUGUUGCUACGAUACCUGGUGGAUAAUUUUUGGAAUCAGCUGGCAAAAUUUGAAACCCUCUCUUCUAUUCAUGCCCUAAAAGUUAAAUACGAACAGUCGCUUGAAAGUGUUGGUACGACAAGUACUGGUACAUUGUUAGACCAAAGGAAACGACUUGACGAGCGAGCUCUGGAGAAAGAAGAGGAGGAUUAUUUCAAUGAGGACAGUGAUGAGGAAGAUUCAGCAUCUGCGCAUUCAGCAAGCACUAACCGAGUAAAACCUCAACCUCCCGUGUUGGUUAAUGGUUCUGCUCCGGAAAAUCUGUCACCUAGGUCUGGUGGACUGGUUGAUUAUGAUGAUGAUGAAGAUGAUGAGGAGUACAGGCCGCCUCCAAAAAAGACGACAGGCUCGUCUGAUGAAGAUGAGGGACUGGCAGAGUUCCCAUUGAAACGCAAACUAGCUCCAAGAGAGGACAGUGAGGCAAAAAGAUUACAACUUUCUCCGAAAAGCUUAAAACCGAGAGCUGCCUUUUGCUCUACAUUGAAGGAGGGGGGACUACCCAGCAAGAAACUAGCAAGCGGAAAUGUUCCUCCAAGUGUAAACCAAAACUCCAUCGUACCAAGUUCCGAGAAGGGGCUCAUAGGCUCAUCUGAAAAUGCAGAAGUGGCAAAACACACUGGCAAAGAAGAAGUCUCUUCUAAAAGCUGUAAUGACGGUUUGGAUGAUUCUGCUGAUAACAGAAAUCUUGGAGACGAGCGCCCUUUGUUAUCACCAAAGUCCUCACCAGAGAUGGCCGUGAAAGGAUCUUGAAUUAUUUGAAAGAGUUCAACAUGCUUCAACAUUCGCAAGGCAGAGUCAGUCAGUCCACACAUAUCGCCCUAAUUCUUUAGAGGACUCAACCAAACAGCACGAGAAACGGAGGGAGACAAACAAACGGAGACCCCCUCGGAUACUGGGAGAGCAUACUGUACAGUACUAUCGCAAGGAUGGAGAGGACUUGCCUGUAAGCUUCUUCCUUAAUUUAAGUUUCCAGGCAAUCUCAGCCGAGUAAUUGUCGUUCGUCGUUGUAAGACUAGCACCAACUACAGCCUUUUGCUAAUACAUCAUCUUUGCUUGAUUCUUUCUGCUUACCUGUAAUGUCGUCGUACAUCGAUAGUCUGCGUUUAUAUGUGAUAGAGAUGGGGAAGCAAUCAAUCCUGUCUUUGCAUGGUCUGUGUAAACUAGGGAACAAAUUUAGGGACCUUUGUUGGGGCCGAAUUUUGUGUUUUUCAUGUGAUUGUAUCUAACUUAGUAAGGAAAAUGUACAUUAUUUUAUAUUUGAGGAAA